AGGCGCCCACCUCCACCCCCGACGACGAGACCUCCUCCCCCACCACCGCCACCGGCUCCCCGUCCCACCGAAGGCUACGUGUACAACAAGCCCAACUACCCCGCCCUCUCCCAGGAUUUCGAAGACGACCAAAACCUUGCUGCUGGCGUCUCACGCCCCAAGCCACCGCCCACCACGCAACCACCGCCAACGAGACCAACACCGCCACCCAAGAAGGGCUACGCGUACCCUGAGCCCGAGGACGAGUUCCAGCUGAGCCUCGCCGCCGGCCAGUCGGUGCAGCUGCAACAGCCUGCCAAGAAGCCCACCACGACCACCGAGGAGCCCAACCAGGAGGGUCUGCAACUGGACGCCGAGGCCCUGCAGAUACUGCAGGAACAGAACGAGGACGGCCAGUACCACCCCGACGCAGACCACACCCACUGGGACAUCCGCAAGUCCAUCCCCGGCGACCCCGGCAAGGACUACCCCACGCUGCCCGCCAUCCCCGAGACCGGCUUCUCCUGUGACGGCCGCCCCGAUGGUUAUUAUGCCGACGUCGAGACUGGCUGCCAGGUCUACCACGUCUGCGCCUCGCAGGCCAUCCCCGUCAAGAACUCGUUCCUCUGCAACAACGGAUCCAUCUUUAACCAGGAGCGCUUCGUUUGCGACUGGUGGCCCAACGUGGACUGCCCGAACUCCGAGCGCUCCUUCGACCUCAACCUGGAGAUCGGGAAGACGCCCAACUCGAUUGCGUCUGACGGUAGUUCGUCCAAGUCAUACUCGGGCUCCUACAACGCCGGGAGCGCGGCCAGCUCCGGCUCUGCUGGCAAGUCGACCUUCUCGUCUGGUGGUUCCUACAACGCCGCCAGCUCGUCCAGCUCUGCUGCUGCUGCCCCUUCUAGCAGCGUCUCUGGCUCCGGAGGCAGCUUCGGCUCUGGCGGCAAGUCGUCCUUUUCAUCUGGAGGCUCGUACAACGCCGGCAGCGCUUCCCCCAUCACCUUCCCGUCGACGGUGCUGAGCAUCGACAGCGGCAGCCCCCUCAAGACCGGCUCGUCAGCGGUGCCCUCGGGCUCCGGGGCGUCCUUCUCGUCGUCGGGUAACGCCGUGCAGCAGGACAACGAGCCGAGCAUAGCCUCGUCGCUCUCCGGCGCGGCCUUCGGCUCGUCCUUCUCGGCCUCGGGCAGCGGCGCGCAGCAGGACAGCGAGCCCAGCAUAGCCGCGUCGCUCUCCGGGACGGGCUUCGGCUCGUCCUCAUCGUCUGCGGACGCCGAUGAACAGUCCCUGGCCUCUGUCUUCGGCGAGCUGCGUGGCAGCUCUGCGUCCUCGUCGCAGUCCUCCCGGACGGAGGGCAACGCGCUGUCGUACCCGGGGCCGUCGGCGGGCUUCUCGCCGGACAUCGCGACGGGCGGCAUCGACCUGCGCGUCGGCUUCAGCUCCUCCGGGUCCGGGUCGUCGUCGGGGAAGGCCCGGAGGCUCAGCCCCGAGGCCACGUCCUCGCUGAGGGCGUCCUUCGCCCGCAGCAGCAGGCAGAACAACGGCGGCGAGGCGCUGGAGACCGCGAGCAGCGGCCAGGGCGUGGUGGCGUUCGGCGAGCGGCUCGGGUCGCGAGUGUCCAACUCGGCCGUUAGCACCGGCCCCGCCAAGGACCUGGAGGCCCCCGCGCACGCGCCCGCGCACCCGCCCACCUACAAGCGCAAGCGGCUCGUGGCCAGGAGGCGCAGGGUGCCGUCGCACGAGGCUAACCGAGGCACCGCGUGAGGCCUUCGUGAUACAAGCGCUGCCGGGCUGCGUCGGGCAACAUUCUCAGUUUACCCGAAUUCAACCCGAAACUUAGGUACCGAUUUUGAAGGCGUUCUGUUUUAGACAAAAGGUGUCAAAAGUAAAAAAAAAAAAAUCUGAAAGAACGUCCUAUUCCACAGAAUAUCCCGCUCUUCUAUAGCUCAAAUUUGCGCUAGUGUGAUUUAGUUCGCUUCCGAAUUAGGUGUACUUUAAAAAACGGGUGGAGUUGAUCGGAAGAAAUUAGUCCUGUAACGUACGUUGAAUAGUCUGCAAGUUUUGUUACCUCAAGUAUACAUUAAUUAUCGUCGUCAGUAUUACAGUUAAAGACACGUUCACAUGCAGAAAAGACGCGAUUAGGUAGUUUGUGUAGUGGAAAACUGAAUACGUAACUUAGAAACCAUGCCCAUGAGACGUGGUGAUGCUGAAAGAAGUGGUGCCAUUUGUUAAAAUUAGUGAUAGAUUCGGGUUAUUAAAUUAGUUGAUUUCCCGUGCGUGAUAAGAAAUCCGUCGUAAGCGAAAAUCAAAUUUGUCAAUGGAAGAACAGUUUUGGUGAAUGUCCUCAAGGUGACGGGACGAAUUACUUUACAAUUGGAGGAAAAAUGUGUCACCAUCGUACAAAAUUCGAUAAGAAAUUAUAGGUAUUGUUAGAUGACUAAGACUUUACCAGAACACCUAAGUUAAAUGUAGUUUAGGUAAACUUAUUGCUAAGUUAAUUUUUAGUGCAGCAUGCAUGAUUGUACUUGUACGUGAGUGUCUGCAGACUGUCUACUUUGUUGUUAUUUUUAUAAGAAAUAUAGGUUUUAAGAAAAUAAAGUCUUACUUUUUCUAUAA